CAGGAGAAAAAGGAGAGAGUGACUCUUUCAGUGUUUGAUAUAUGUGAGGUUUUCCAAAAGCUGCUGCUUCACACACAGAUUAAGACACAUGUUUUGGUUGGUUUUUUUAUUGUUGUAAAAGCUUUAGAAACCAAAGCUGACUUCUCUCUGUAGAGCUCCAGCAGCAAAUAUGUUUGCUUAAGUUGUCUGGCUGCCAGUUUGUCCUGUUUCUUUUAUGUUCUUUGUUUUUCUAUAAGAGUAGGAUCACCCUACACAUGUUUUAUUCUCUGUGGAGGUUUUAACAGUACAGGUUUGCUAAGGAUAAAAAAAGUACAGCCAUGAAAGAGGAGAUCGCUGCUGCUGUGUUCUUUGUGGCUCGGCUGGUGAAGAGAUAUGGCUGUCUGGAUAAUGACAGCAGGGAGCGCUUCGCUGCUGCCCUCACCUCAGCUCUGUUUGAGAACUACAAGAACCACUGGCACCUGAAUGCACCCACCAAGGGACAGGCCUACAGGUGUCUCCGUAUGAACCGUGUGCAGCUGCAGGACCCGGUGCUGCAGCAGGCCUGCGAGCAGAGUGCGGUGCAGUACGAGGAUCUGGGCCUUCCCCAGGAGCUGACGGUGUGGGUCGACCCCGGAGAGGUGUCCUGCAGGUACGGUGAACACAGCACUCCAUUCUGCGUCUCAGUGGUGGACAGUUGUCGGCGUGGAGACGGGGAAUUCUCCCGCCGCAUCCAUGACGCUGUGGAGCGGGCAAGCCACGACGUCCGAUCAGGAAGCGUUUCGGACGACAACGAUGAGGAGGAGGGGGUCGGAGACAACAGCAUGAGCAACAACAGCAGCAUGAGUAGCAGCAACUUAUCAACUAUCUGCCCUGCUCCGAUCCCUCCGAUCAACCCCGAACCUAAAACCAUCCCAACUGUCAGCAACCCCAACAGUGUCUACCGGUUCAGUGAGUUUUCUCCAGGCGCCCCUCAGACGUGGCUCAGGGAGAAGCGGAAGGCCUUUGCUGGGGAUGCGUUCCCACCUCAUGCUCCCCCAGUUGGAGGUCCAACCUCCCAGUUCUCCAGCCAGAAAGGCUUCAAGUCCUACAGAGCCACAUUCACCUUCACUGGACCUCGUGUGGACAAGUAUCACUGGGUCAGCAAAUCUCGAUCCUAAAGCGAACCGAGCCUUCGCCUUAGAAACAGAAGUUUUGCUUGAGACGGAAGCCACAGACCCUGUUGUUGUUGGGGGGGAAAAAAGUGUACAGGACAGUCAACAAAUAUUUAAAGGAUAAUUAUUAUUAAUGGUAUCUGGUUUAAAGUGUUAAUGAUUUAAAGUAAUGCUGUUUAAGCAUGUUUUUAUACUUUGAAAUAUUCAUGUAUUUUAAACUAUUCUCCCUUGUAAAUGUGUGUUUUUAAACUAACAUUAAAGUAAGUGUGAAUAAACAUUGAACUGUCAUUGAAAAGAAAUAAAAGCGUCCGUGUCAGCUCUG